UUUAAACCCGGACAAGAUGGCGGAAAGGGACGCGGCGCGGCGCGCGGGUCCGGCCCGCCAACAGCUCUACCCGGCAGGUAAGCAUUAUGAAGAAGAAGAAGAGGAUGCCCUGCCAGACUCAGAUGCCCUGCCAGACUCAGAUGAUGAGGUGGAGUUGGAUAAGCCGUGUCCCAUACAGAUUGUUCUUGCUCAUGAAGAUGACCAUAACUUUGAAUUGGAUGAAAAAGCGUUGGAAAAAAUCUUGCUUCAGGAACACAUCAAAGAUCUUAACAUAGUAGUUGUGUCUGUAGCAGGAGCUUUCCGCAAAGGAAAAUCUUUUCUGCUGGACUUCAUGCUUAGAUAUAUGUAUAACAGGACUUCUUCUUGUUGGAUAGGUGGAAAUAAUGAGCCAUUGACUGGGUUUACAUGGAGAGGUGGAUGUGAACGGGAAACCACUGGCAUUCAGAUUUGGAGUGAAGUGUUUGUAAUUGAUAAACCAAAUGGAACAAAGGUUGCUGUACUACUCAUGGAUACCCAAGGUGCCUUUGAUAGCCAAUCCACUAUCAAAGACUGUGCAACGGUUUUUGCUUUGAGCACCAUGACAAGUUCUGUCCAGGUGUACAACUUGUCCCAGAAUAUUCAGGAAGAUGACCUUCAACAUUUGCAGUUGUUCACAGAAUAUGGAAGACUAGCUAUGGAAGAAAUUUACCAAAAGCCGUUUCAGACGCUGAUGUUCUUAAUUAGAGAUUGGAGUUAUCCUUAUGAACAUCCUUAUGGAUUGGAAGGAGGAAAAAAGUUUCUGGAGAAAAGAUUGCAGGUAAAGCAAAACCAACAUGAAGAGCUACAGAAUGUAAGGAAGCAUAUUCACUCCUGUUUCAGUAAUCUUGGGUGUUUCCUGUUGCCCCACCCUGGUCUUAAAGUUGCAACAAAUCCAAAUUUUGAUGGGAGAUUGAAUGAUAUAGAUGAGGAUUUUAAGAAGGAACUGCGGAAUUUGAUACCAUUACUCCUUGCCCCUGAAAACUUGGUAGAAAAAGAGAUUAGUGGAUCCAAGGUGACCUGUAGAGAUCUUGUAGAAUACUUCAAGGCUUAUAUUAAAAUCUAUCAAGGAGAGGAACUACCUCAUCCGAAAUCUAUGCUUCAGGCAACAGCUGAGGCAAACAAUCUUGCUGCUGUGGCAGGAGCAAAAGACUUGUACAGCAAAGGCAUGGAGCAGGUUUGUGGGGGAGAUAAGCCUUACAUUGCCCCAUCGGACCUUGAGCGGAAGCACCAGGAUUUCAGAGAGACAGCUGUCAGGCAGUUCCGCUCGGUGAAGAAGAUGGGAGGGGAGGAGUUCUGCCGGCGCUACCAGGAACAGCUUGAAGUGGAAAUUGACGAGAUCUAUGCAAACUUUGUGAAGCACAAUGAUGGAAAAAACAUCUUUUAUGCUGCUCGUACCCCUGCCACACUAUUUGCAGUCAUGCUUGCCAUGUAUAUAAUCUCAGGACUGACUGGGUUCCUUGGUAUGAACUGCAUAGCCACCCUCUGUAAUCUCGUGCUGGGGAUGGCUCUCAUAGCAUUUUGUACUUGGGCAUACGUUAAAUACUCUGGGGAAUUCAGAGAUGUUGGAACAGCCAUUGAUCAGAUCGCUGAAGUUAUAUGGGAACAGGUGUUGAAGCCCAUGAGUGAUUAUUUGAUGGAGGAUCAUUUGAGGCAGUCUGUAAAAAACUCUAUCAAAGCAGGCCUGACCGAGCAGGUGUCUCACCAUGCCAGACUAAAGACAGACUGACAGUUCAUCUUCUCUUCAACUCUGCCCUCUCCUAGACGUGCUUGCUGUACCAUGAGAACUCAAUAACAAUAAUAAUAAUAAAAAAAAAUAAAAAUAAACCAAAGUUUACAAUCAACUGUAGAAGUAGUUUAGUGUGACUGGCUUCACAGAUUGCUGCCAUCACCUGGGAAGAGUAAGUUUGUCAGUGCUCUGCUUCUAAGACAAGCUGGUGCCAUGGAGAGCACUGGGGCUGGGAGGGAGGGUGUCUCUUUUAUCUAUAGUCCUGGUGAACCGUGGGGGUGGGGGCACAGGGGAGGGAUCUUCCCCCAGCCCCAGAGUCAGUGCAGUCUCUGUCUCACAGCAGGAGGGACUCUCUCCUCUGCAGGCAGCAAUUUCAGGGAAGUACAAUGAGCAGACCCAUGCGAGGUGUACCCAGCUCCACUGCAGCCCCUCGCCACCUCUGACAAGUGUUUCUGUGCAUCAAGUUGGUGAAGCCAUUAGAGCCACCACAUGACAAUAUGUAUCUUGCUUUAUUGCCUUUUAUACCAGUGUUACACAAAUGCAUGUAUUGGUUCCUCACGCCGCCGCCAGCAGAACUGACGUGUGAGGGAGGCAGUGGGUCGGAGCAUAUGGUGUCUUGCCUUGAACUCGCAGACCUGGUCCCGAGGGAGGUGCAUAUCAGAACCGAGCUGUCUGUUUCUGCAGUUUAGCCUUCAUGUAUAUAAUAUUGCCAUUAAUUCUACUGGGGGAGAAAUUCCAUCCAAAAAUGUUGCCUACAGCUACCAAGCAAUGAGUUAGGAUUGUCUGUACAGUGUGUUUAGUUUUUAUUUUUUAAGAAAUCACAGAUAGGGCAUGUAUAUGAAAUAUAAAUAUAUAAAUACGAUUUUGUAUCAAAGUUUUGUAGUUUAUGGCAAAACCUGGUUCUGUGGUAGCUAAGUGCAGUCCCUGUAAAGGAAUGUUUGUGGCUCAUGUAAAUGUGUGAAUGCAUCAACAAUUUGAAGUUUUUUUGAUAUAUUUGUGAUAUUUACCUGCCUUGAGCACUGCAGUCUCUCACCCCCUUGGGAAAAUCAGUGGGAAUGUUUGUUGUGAAACUCUUGUCUUCUGUUGCAUUUUAAAGUUAUUUCCUGUAAUUUAUUUUCAGUACAUGAUUAAAAUCAGUUGUGUAUAUAUGAAAUGAAAUCCGUGUUUAUUUUUAAAAGAUGUUUGAGUAUGUAUUCUACUACAUAAACUAUGUCAAAUACUUAUCCUGA